UUUCUAUACUUUUUGUCUAUUUGUUUGUUUUGUGUUGACAAAUUAUUUGUGCUGUUAAAAAUUCUUGACUGCUUAGCAUGGCGCGCUGCAAUCUGCUGAUAGUAACGCCAACGCACAUCAAAUUCCAGGCGCCCUUUCCGCAGCCACAGAAGCGUCUGUUCAGUCUGCUCAAUCUGAGCAAUCGGCCCAUCAGCUAUGGCAUUGAGAACAGCAACGAGAGCAUUUACCAGCUGCUGCCGGAGAGCGGUGAAGUGGCUGCCUUCGAUACCGCUGAGGUGGUGCUUGUGAUGCAGCCGGCUGCAAGUGGUCUGGCUGCUUGCUGCCUGACGGUGCGGCACCGAGUGCUGAGUGCCACAAAUGAGGCAAGCGGCGGCACGUGGGAGAGCGUGCGGGUGCACAUAACGCUGGAGAAUGUGCUGGAGGAUAAGGAGCAGUGGCUGCGUAUGCGAGACUAUAAUCUAAAAACAAAGCGUGGUUUGGAAACGCUGCAGCAGCAGUAUAUGCCACAAUAUGCGGCAUGCCACAUGUUGCAGCUUCGCCAGUGCAGCGUCAAAUGCAAUUGUCAAUAUUCCAAACGCUAUCUCUGGCUGCUGUUAAUAUUUUUGUUAGUCUCUGGCACGCUUUGUAUGAUUUGGUCGUGCUGUGAGGACUUUGAGCAGUUGCCAGUGCAGGUUUAUUGAGCCAGAGUCGUAAUACAAAUCAAUUAUUGAAUUAUGCAAACAGUAAAAUACGCCCAAGGCAGCGUGCCGCUCUUACUCUCUUAAGCGUAAAUCAAUCAUACGCGCCGUUGGCUGUUUGUGGCUUUAAAUCAACUUGCCGCUGUCUGACUGAUUAGCUAAGCAAUCGUAUGGAAAUAUACAAAUUGCUUAAGCACACGCACACGCAUACGCACACACACGCACACGCAGGCAUAUGCACCUGCAGUGCGGCUUGGAUUUAUUUAUAAAGCAAUUAUUGGCACAAUUAAUUUCUGAUUGCAUUGCAUGUGCACUUAACUAUAUCAAAUCUUGUUGUUGUUGUUGCUGUUGCUGCUGCCGGCAUUGCAACUUUAAUUAAUCUAUGCUGUCAUUGUCUCGAGUCCCGUCAUUGUCUUGUGCUGCCAAUUAACAUGCCAUGCUUGCCAUUUAGCCAUUUGUCCUGGCAUUAUCCAAUUUCGCAUGCAAAUCUCGCCUGCUCUCGCCCUCAACUUCCAAU